UCUCUUUCUCUCCGCAGGAAGCCACUGUUUACACAAGUGGACCUGACACACAAGAACAUGGGUCUGCUCUCUGUCCUUAAAGGAGUUUCAAAUGUUCAUCAAAAUGUGUUAAUUUAGAUCCACUUAACCAAAGCAUCACCCAGAGGGGAUUUGAACUUGUAACCUCUUGAGCUGUAGUCCAAGACUCUAGAGAUGGAGCUGAAGGUGUGGGUGGAGGGCGUGGCCAGAGUGGUGGGUGGCCUAUCACUGGACACUUCUUGCCAGGAAGUGGUCAUCGCUCUUGCGCAAGCCAUUGGUCAGACAGGACGCUACGUGCUGCUUCAGAAGCUGAGGGGUUGUGAGAGGAGGCUGGUGGCGGGGGACUGUCCUCUGCGCUCCCUGGCCCAGGUGGGUACCCUGGCCAGGGAGGUCCAGUUCAUCCUGCGCAGGACAGGGCCCAGCCUGGGGCCCAGCCCUCCAUCACUGCUCCCCCGACACCCCGACCCUGAACCCCCCACACGCUGGGAGCCCAGGAAGGCUUUGAGCUUUCACCUCGGGCCCUCCACCAUCCCCAGACGGACUAGAGCCCAGACGGGGUCUCCCAGAGGUUCCCCUGAGCUGAGGGCUUCUCCCCCUCCCUGCCCUCCCCUGCUCCCUCCCCUUCCCCCCUCCAAGGAAGACAUGUUCAGUCAGGCACUGAAGCAACAGGAGAGACUACGAGACCUGGAGGCCCUGCUCAGAGACCUGGAGAGGGAGGAGGCGACCUGGGAGAGGCUUCUAACUCCAGGCCUGGCUCAGGGCCUACAGGAGGAGAGGCUGAGCCAGGCUGAGGUGAUCUUGGAAGAGCAGUUACAGGUGGAGAUGGAGAGAGAACAGGAAUUGCUCCGGCGCCUGAACCAUCUCUGCUCCUGUCUGGAAGACUGCAGUGGCCAAGUGCUGGAGCUCCAGGCCAGCGCGGAGGACCAGGGGAGAGACCUACAGCACGAGGCCCAGCGGCAGGGCUCCCAGCUGGGCAGGGCUUGGCCCACGGCCCCCCUGGACACCCUGAGGGUGGAUCUCCACCUGCGCCAGGUGCAGGGGGAGGAGCUGAAGGCCAUGAUGAUGGAGGCGGAGAGAGAGACGCAGGCAGUGGAGGAGCAGAUGCAGGAGAAGAGGCAGGAGAUGGAAGAGCUGAACAAGGACUUCAGACAGUGUAACCUCCAGCAGUUCAUCCAGCAGACAGGAAACUCACCUCCACCUGAGCACACACACACACCUGUACCUGAGCACACACACACACCUGCACCUGAGCACACACACACACCUGGCCACGCCCCCAUGCCUUGUCUGUGCAGUGCAGGCAUGCUGGAUGAGGAUCAGAGUGACUCUGUGAUCAUGUGCUAA